AUGAUCAACAACCGCCGGCACAGCGUGUAAAUGGGGCUGGGGGGGGGGGGCGAGCCUGGAAGGGCAGCAGCACUGAAACAGCCAGACUACAUUCCGUGCGUGUGAGGAUGGCAAUGAGAAGGGAAAGGAACUGCUGGAGAGCUGCAGGCGUCGCAGAGCACGUUGCUGCAUGGACGUGGGAACUGUGCAUGCAGGGCAGGGUUGGAACAAUAGGAAAAUCCAAUGCAGCACUGCCCGGGGAUUUCCUACAGCCCAGAGGCCAAUGGCUCAGCACCCCGAUGAAGAGUGAGAACAGGACCCUGCAGUUAUAGAGAGAAGGGCCUCACGGCAAGAAAAGGGAAAGUAGCUUCACAGAGUAGAAAUAAGGGGCAAAUAGAGAUAGUUUAUGUAGAGAGCAUUAGAAAACAAGGGGUUCCAAGCACCCACUGCAACCCCCACCCCCUUUCAUAUCCAGCCGUGCUCCUAAAGAGGUUAAAUUCCUCGGGAAAAGACCCUCGGGAAAGUGAAGUCCUGUCACAGUUACCUAGAUAGAUCUGUGCCCGUGACAGGGGGGCAGUAGGCUCGCGGGCCCCCUCCCCCCCCGGCUUCCCGAGAAAAAAAGAAACAGAGCAGAGGCAACGAUGUAAGAAGGAGGACUUAUUUUACUAACGACGAUGUUGGAGUGCAAGAUGACACAGUAUAAUGCGAUCUCAUUGGGAGUAAGGAUAAUGAAUGGAAUGGAAUGAGAGAGAGCGGAAGAGCGAUAGGGAGAGAGAGGGAGAGAGUGUCUGUAGUGGAAUUGCGGGGUCACAGCCUGAACCGAUGGGUGCGCUCUGUGAGUGUGUGAGUGCGGCGGCGCGGCGCUACGAACGGGGAGGGACACAUUGCUCAGCUCGGCUCUGCCUGCGCGCUGCUGCCGGGAGGGGUGAGUCGAUUCUUUUGGGUAUCUUUCCCUCGUGUGCCUAUUUCUUAAAUAAAGGCUUUGCCAUUGCCUUCAUUUGCUCUACAUUUUGGCGAGCCAGGCGGCCAAAUAUCUUUAAAGAUACCCAAUUAUAAGCCUCUUAAAAUAAUUACCAUGACAUUUUUGAACAAUUUCAUGGGGUGGUUUGGACGGGGAAAGGCUAGCCCCAUAAGUGAAGUUUUGCCAGGGCACAUCCCGGGAUUCCUAGGAUCCCCAUAUCAUGGGAUUGCUUGUAUUAUUGAAAAAUGGGGUCCCCUACGGGAUGCAGGAAAUGUUCAGGAAUCCCCAGCCCGCCUGGCUGAGUACUUCAGUAGUCUAAACAAAAACGUACUCACUACACGAGAACGACAGUUAGCUGCCUCCACGGUGGCAUGGCCGCUGCUGAUGGCCUUGAACCGGCUAAAUAUAACUGAAGAGGCUCUCACUGAUGAAAAUCAACUAUUACGUGACCGUGUGGAAGAACUGGAAAGACAGGUUGCAAUUUUGAGAGGGAAAAAACCUAACCCUAUAAUUCCGGUACAAAAAAUCCGAAACAUCUCUCUAGAAAUUACUGGGGAUCCUAUGCAAGAGAGUCUACAUGAACUGGACUCAGAAAAUGAAAGCACUAAGAAGUCAGAUCUUGAGGCUCCACUAGAGCUUGAUCCCUUUGAGAUCCGACCAGUUGUAACUCAAAAAACAAAAAAAACGCAGGACAGGCCAGCGGGGCUGCCCCCUGACCAGCGGCCCCCUGCCCAGAGCACACUACGUGUAACAGCUCGCCCAUACAUGGCAGCUGAAUUAAUGGAUUUAGUACAACGCUUUAGACAAAGACCGAGAGAGAGUGUGCCAGCAUGGUUACUGAGACUAUAUGACAUGGGGGCAGAAAGCGUUGUGGUGAAUGGGCCAGAAAUCUCAAAACUGGCAUCCAUUACUACUCACCUGGCCCUCAGGCAAAGACUAUAUGCGGCUGUGCAACACAAUGAAGAAAAUCAUUCACUGAUUGCAUGGUUAAUGGCCGCAUGCCGUGUGACAUGGGCGAAUAAAACGGACAUACCAUUAAAUACCGGCCUAUGGUCCUCUAUGGAGGACUUACAAAAUUAUAUCCGAGAAUGAGGUAUGAAAGAGGCAAUUUAUGAGACAAUUUUGAGAGCCCAGAUAUGAUAAAAUUUUCCGCAGGAAUGAGGGACCUCAUCCUGCAGCAGGCUCCACCACAUCAGUAUGGAAUUUUGGUAUCCAUACUGAAUCCCCUAGUGGCCUCA